CAGACACAAGCACUAGCUACGCCUCUGCUGACCCAGGAAGCAGCAGCAACAGCAGGAAACCUACGCCAGAUACACGCAGCAACAGCACCAGUCAGUCAUGAUCUCUGACGACACCAACGACCCCAAGACAACGACCACCACCACCAGGGUAGUGCUGGUGAUGUGUGUGAUAGUUGUGUUGGUUUCUGUGAUGGAUUGUGAAGCCUUGCCAGACCCACAGGUGUCCGUUCCACUGGUGAUUCAGACGCCCUUCCUUUCCAUCAACCUUACUGGCUUACUUCCGCCCAUCUAUGUACCUCCAAGAGGCACCCAGGUCUCUGCGUCAUACACACUAUGUUCUUCAAAAAUCAUCUGUCCUGUGAACCAAUACGUACACCCAGCCAAUACUGUUCAUCCCCCCAGGCCUAUAAACCCUCCUAGUCCUAUGCAUCCGUCUAGUCCAUCUAGUCCAGUGCAUCCACCUGGUUCUACGCAUCCUCCAGUCGUCUCACACCCACACCAAGAUCACUUCAGAAAUGUCCUCACGGGCUGAGGACAUUUCUGAAGUGAUCUUGGUGUCACGCCGGUCGAGCCACAAUACAAACAUGUCUAGUGUAUAAG